UAUAGUCACGUGCUCUGAACUUCACCUCACUCACCUUCCUCUCAGAUCUUCUAUCUGCAGAUUACGUUUCAUACAAAAUUCGACGCCCUCAGUACCGAGGCCUUGAGAUUCAAAUAAAACAGAUCAUGUUUAAAUACAAAUGACUUACGCGUAUCCGAGCCGACAGUCGCAUGCUAUUCAAAUCCACAGAAUCCAUAGCAUCUCUCCAUAUCUGAUUGGGAUUCCAUUUUAAUAAAUGGAGAAAAGAAAAAAUCAUUGGACUUUGCCUUAGUUGCACUCAGAGCGCCAAUCCAGAACCUGCGAGGUCUUGUCAGCGAGACCGCAUACUACCUAUACGACAGUUUCAACAUCUUCUAUGAGCCAAUCAUAUAAGCCUUAUUGAGUUAAUCUGUCAAAGGGACAGGUUCAAAGUCCCAAAUGCAUACACAAAGUUGUGCCAUCCCACGCGCCCUUUAGGUUGCGUUCAGUUACCCUCUCCGACACGGGCUCAGAGACGUGUCUUUCCUCGAAGCCUGUUGCAUGAUAUGACUUGAUAGACAGGAUUAAGUGCCUAACAGAGUCUCGUCAGGGGAAACACUGUUAGCAACUACGAGCGCCGCAUCUGGUCAAGUCCUACUAUCUGCAUGGAUACGAGCCAGGAAUCGUCAUACUGAUACAAGGAGAAAGUUUGGCCAUGAAGUGCUAUGAUCCAUUAGGGGGUCUGUCUAUUCGCUGUGUGAGGUGUCAAGGCUCGCACUUUUUACCCUCUCACGAACGUCGGAUCCCGAGUCAUGUUAGCAAGAGCUUACCAGGGAGAUGGCCAAGCACCAAAUGUUCACCCGGCUCAAAAAUAUACAGCCUCUAUAUCCCUAGGGUCUCACCAACACCUAAGAAGUUUGGAAAUACCCUCGGAUUUGUUUUGUAGUCCAGCAUACGCUGUCUCGUGGAGGUCGCAAUGCUGUGCCUCAGGGGUUGAGCAUACUGCAAAACGGAAGAAAUUACUGACCUCAUUCUCAGAACUGUUACCUCAAGGAAAGCAGCCCUUUCGGCGCGUCCGUCUCCUGUGCAAUUAUGGAGUCAUAUUUCACGGUUCAAUACCACAAGGAUUCUCAGCUGAUAGUACACCGGCUGCUUCGGGGGGCCCAGAGCCGACAGAUUUGCCUGAUGCGACUCGAAAUCAAUGUUACAGCGAUGGACACAUUUGACAGCCAGCCUCAAUAUGCAGGUAGCGUUCUGAACCAAUGGCAAUCUCGCUAUGCGCUGUCAUGAGAAGUAUUGAUACGGAAAAGGAUUGACUUGGCAAAGCCUCUUCAGGCUCCGAGGGUUCACAAGGAUACCGCAGGGCUGCCGAGCCCAUCAGUAGAAGUUCUCGACAGAUGCGCUUUCCAUGUCAUCGUUAUAUUCUUCCCGCAGGCCUCGGACAUUGAGUCACGCAUGAUCAUGUUGAGUUGGCUUCUGUCCCACCAUUGGUCCUAGCCAUCUACAGUAUCAUUCAAACAUUCUAUCUUUAACACAGAGUAUAACUUGACGAGCACAACAUUAUUGCUCGAUUCGUUCCAAUUUCUACUCCACUGCCUUGCCCGAUGGAGGCAAGUCAAUGUGUUUGUAAAGUGUACUAUGGCUGGUGAUAUGAAGCCUGUGCGAAGGAUGGGAGGGAUAUCACAACGAUAGUGGCAAAUUCUAAUAUUAGCAAAGUUGUCGAGAACGAUAGCCGACAGGGCAACAGUGACCUACGGGAGCUUACUGCAGUCGCGAGAUUGCUGUCAUCAAUAUCCCUGU